CUGUAUUUUCAUUUUUUUUAUUCUUUAGAACUAUUUCAUUUUGUCAUCAUCAAUGGAUAAAACCGUACGGCUAUGGCAUAUAUCACGACGAGAAUGUUUAUGUACUUUCCAGCACAUUGACUUCGUUACAGCUAUUGUCUUUCACCCUAAGGAUGACCGGUACUUUCUAAGUGGUUCCCUUGAUGGCAAACUACGGUUAUGGAAUAUACCUGAUAAAAAAGUGACUCUCUGGAAUGAAGUGAGCAGUCCGUCUAAUUUAAUCACAACUGCUAACUUCUGUAAUAAUGGGAAAUAUGCAGUAGUUGGCACUUAUGAUGGUAAAUGCAUAUUUUUUACAACAGAGCAACUAAAAUAUUCUACUCAGAUCCAUGUUCGAUCAACGAGAGGUAAAAAUGCAAAAGGCAGAAAAGUGACCGGUAUAGAACCACUGCAUGGCGAAGAUAAGAUUCUUGUCACCACAAACGAUUCUAGAAUUCGGCUUUAUGACUUGAGGGAUCUAACACUUACCUGUAAAUAUAAAGGUGGAACGAACAACAGCAGCCAAAUCAAAGCGAGCUUUAGUACAAAAGGAAAAUAUAUUAUUUGUGGUUCUGAAGACCAUUUCAUUUAUUUAUGGAAAACUCAUCAUGAUUAUUACAAAUUCUCAUCUGCUCGUCGAGAUCGGAAUGAUUAUUGGGAAGCCAUCAAAGUCCAUAAUGCAGUUGUAACAGUUGCUGUUCUUGCACCCAAUCCACAAUUGAUGCUCAAAUCCAACACUAAUACUGGAACAUCAAGCUCAGAUUCAGAAAUAUCAGACGAGAGAGAGAUUAUUGUCAGUGCAGAUUUCACAGGUGCCGUCAAAGUCAUGCAAUGUAGGAUAAAAAAUUCUGCUUGAUUGUUGGAACCAAUCUCCUGUUGUUUUAAACUUCUUGCUCAACUCUAGACUGUUCAGCAGUAUCUCAAAUGCUAAUCAAAUCUUGAUAAAUGGUUUCUCAAGAACACAUGAAAAUACCAAUUCCAGUUAACAGAGCGGCUGAUUCAAGGAAAGGUGCCAAGCUAUAUAAACAUUUGCUCCUAAAAUUUAGUUUCAUCUGGUUAAAGAUAGCAUCAGUAAAACGGAUAUAAAAUGAGCCAGCUCUUCUGUUAUAUUACAGUGUUAUCUUUGCGUAUAUCGUUCAUCCAGUACCAGGGCAUUGUUGAUUUCUUUUGAGUAAUUGUUUCCAAAUAAUAAAUUUGUUUUGGUUAAGCCUUUUAGCACUUCUGCUAGGAGCUAACUUGAACUAUGACCAAUAUUUCUCGUAUAAAAUUCACAUGUUAAUCUGUGAUACCACUGGUUAAUACUGAGACAUAAACAAUCUUCCUUUAAAAUAUAUUCCUUUUGAGUAUCGAUCUUUUAAUAAAAAUCUAGCUUCU